GUUCGCUUUGACCCACAUUUUGGUCCAGCGAUUGGAACUACCGCCGACCAGUAAAGAUCCGCUCAUGCUUCCGGAACAGCUCCCGAAACUGACAGCUGGAGCGAUCCUGCAGAAGCGAAUCAGGCAAACAGAGUCUAGAGCCAUGGGCACCGCAGUCAUCCUAGCUCACUUGGCUUUGGAUGGUUUGGAUCCAUUGUCUGUAAAUACCGGAGAGGAGCAACAUGGCCUCCAAUCCAAACCAGAGCAGCCAAGACAGCUUCCCAAAUUGAUAGCUGGAGCGAUCCUGCAGAAGCGAAUCAGGAAUGUGCUCUUGUCGCCCCGAUGUUCGCUCACCUGCUCCAGCGCGGUACCGCUUGGAUCCAGGUCCCACAACAGCUGUUCACAUGGUGCCACGCUUCAUGUGUCUCCAGCUCCUGCGCUGGGUAAGUCUGAAGCUGGGUCUUGGCCGGUGAGGGGCGGCAGAUCUGGUUACGUGAAACGUCAAGCCACUGCUGGAGAUGAGUAUGGUCAGCCUCAGCCAACUGCUGCGUGCUUGAGGUUGUCGCGGAAGCAGUUCCGCAGUUUGGCCAAGCGCUGGCAGGACAGGAUGGCGCUCUUUAGCUUUCGUCGAAUGCUGUCAGAGGCUGAGACCUCAUGCUUCACAAUCCAGAUGCACCAUGUGAGUGAUGUGGAGUUUCCAGCUGUGGCCUUCAGUUUGUCACACGUUUGUUUUUGCACACCUUGGUCGAUCACCCAGGGAGGAGAAAAGGUGUGCGGAGGCUCCUCCACAUUGAGGGAAUUCACCAAGGUUCGCUUUGACCCACAUUUUGGUCCAGCGAUUGGAACUACCGCCGUCGCUCACAGCAGUUACAGCAGCGUGAACGAUGGCUGUGAGAUGACCAUUUGGUCUCGAAAGUGGGGGCCGGAGGUGGUCUUAUCAGUUGUGAAAGCAAUGGAAGGGCAUUCCAGGGUGUCUGCCUAUGUCAUCCAAGAUGCCCUCCUGUCCUUUUACACGGAAGCGAAGCUGUACCCUUCGGGAGUUUACCGGGAAAUCCCAGCAGUUCAAGAUUGGGCGCUCAAGUAUGGGGUGGCCAUCCGAAAACUUGAGAGUUCGGAUCCCGAAGCCCCUGAGCUGGGUGAUCCCGACGGUCUUGAAGAGUUGGACGAUAAUUCAUCGACGACCACUCCACCUGGCUCGUCAGUGUCUUUGGCAUCGGGCUCAUCAGCUGAUACCAAGCUUGAAAGGGUCAUUGAACAGCUUAGGGAAGUCAAGCUUCGCUGGGAAACCACAACCCCAGUGAUGGCACCAUGCCAAAAAAACAGUGGUGAUUGUGUGGAUUUGGUGUCUUCUGAUGAGGAAAGACCUACUGUUGGGGAUCCACCAGUACCAUUGGUUGAGGGCAAGAAACCAGCCCCGGUACCAUCAGUUGACCACAAAGAAACAGCAGCACAGGGUCUUGCCAACUACUUGCGACAACAGAAAAUGAAAAAGCUGGCUGAGAAGCUUGCUUUGAACGAUGGUGAACCAAGUAGUGUGACCAAAAAGGAGAUGCCCAGUGAGAAGAACCCGUAUGUGUUGCCGGCUCACGUUGUGGAUACCAUGAAGCAGCUGUCUACACCACCAACUGCUUUCUCUUUGAGAUCCCAAUAUGUCCGUGAAGUUAGUAAUGCCCGGGCUGCAGCUGGUGCCGAGCCUGCUUCUGAUGGAGAUGAUCCCGAUGGUGUGUCCAGUGCACCUGCCAGGUAUUCUCAGGCCGUGGUGAAGUCAGCCGUGGAUUCAGGGACGUUGGUUAUCAACGAGAUCACCCGCUGCAAACCAGGUUCCCCAGUGGUUCUGGCACCGGUCUCGCCAUACGAGUGGUCGAACUGCCUUGCAUCCGUACGGACAUCGUGGCUACUCGUUCGUUCGGGUUGGCAACGUGCUAUCGAGUCGGGUGGCAUUGAUGAGCCACUCCCGGAAGCGCCGCCUUUGAGAGAUGAUCUGCCGGUGGACAUGACCGACCUCGAAUUGUUCAAGCGUUUCUGCAUGCCGUUGGGUGAUCUCUGGGAGGAUGCUACAGUGAGGGAGUUAAAGGCUAGACUUGAGACUGCUGAGCCUAAGGCCAUCCCAUGCCCAAAGGUUCGAGUGAAUGGCAAAAAAACGGACCCGAGCAAAGCAGCACCUCCCACCAAACCAGCAUCCUGCCCUGCAACGAAGACAGACACGACCAAGAGUGAGUUGCCAACGAAGACAAGCACGACCAAGACUGGGUUGCCUCCUUUUGAAAUUACUUGGGAUAACCUGCCCAAAGUAAUGAAAUGGUUCAAUAUGAGUGAGGGUGAUGCAGUUUCGGUGUUACUCCAAGUUGUUGGCCCGGAUCCCCGUGGGGAUGACUUUUGGACUACCUACAAGAAGCGAGUGAAAGUUGAAAAAUCUGAAAGUGUGGCUGCGGAGAAACCCCGUGAGGUUCCUGAAGCACCUGAGGUCCCUGAGGCACCUGAGGUCCCUGCACCAAAGCGUCGUCGAUUGAAGCCUGCCUUGCCUGCCCCUCCAGUUGACAACCAGUUGGGGGACCCUGACCUCUACCCGUCCGAUGAUGAUGGUGAACGAACCUUGCCGAUGCUUGAACCUGAGCUGGAUCCCACCGAGAACCAGGAGGUUGACGACACACAACUUGAUGGUGAACCCUUGGAGGAAGGAGAAGAGGAAUACCCUGAGGAUGACAUUGAGAUGGAAGUUGCUCCGAACAAUGGUGGUGACGACCAAGACUCCCCGAACAGUGGUGCAGCCUCUAUCCCUCCUGAGGAACCUGAACGUGUUUGUGAAGCUCCGGAGCCAGUGGAACCGGUGAUUGCUCCAGUCGUCGCGGACCAGGAUGCCAAGGACGCCAAAGACAACUUGGAUCAAGCAAUUCGAUCUACCCCAACACCAACUCGUUCCGGAGGACGGGUUGUUCAGCACGGUGUUCGCCGGGUUGAAUCUGCUGCCCCUGCUUCGACUACACCUGUUUCGACCUUGAAGUCUUUGAAGUUCCCUGCUGUGAUUAGGUCGUGUACAACUUUGGUUCUUGGUCAGCAGCAGCUCUCGAAGCAAGCGUCCCAGGUGCACAUGGAUGACAAGGAUGUUGAUGGGGACACUGAGUUGGGUCCCUCGGCUUCUCAGCUGGUCAAGGACGAUGGCGUGUUGGUGGACAUUGUCAAAUCUUUGUCUCAUCUUCAAGCGGCAAUGGACGACCCCAAGACCCGGGCUGUGUUGCAGGCAUUAGCCCCAAACUUGUUUGCAGUGUCUCCAGACAUGGAUGCUGCUCAACGUGGUUUGCCGUCGUCGUCAAAGCCGGCUGGAUCUUGCAGAAGUGGUACUACAAGCCCAGCGCCCUCCCUGCCGGAACCUGCUCCCGUUGCCCCAGCAUCCACACAUGUUCAGUCUGUGGUGGACAAGAUCAAGGCUGACAGAACCAGAGCCGCGAAGGCCAACAAGACUUCACCUGGACCUGGUGACAACACCGACAAGACCGACGAGAUCGACAAGCAUGGCAAGCCCGACAAGAUCGACAAGACUGGCAAGGUCGACAACAAGACUGGCAAGACCGUCCCCAGCCCUGACCCUUCUGACCCUUCUGACCCGGCUAGGUCUGACAAGGCAGAUCCUGGUGAGCCUGAAAUCAAUAGCUCCACACACAGAGCUGCACAUGCUCGAUUAGCUCGACGCAUGGAACGGGUGGACCCAGCCAGCUUCCCCCAUAUGAGUCGCCUAUGGUCUGGCAACAGAAAGGACAAGCAAGAGCUACUUCGGCAGUUCGUGAUGAAUGAGGAGAACCUUGACAAAGUGGAGACCCACCUGACCGUUUCCAGGGAGCAAGAGGGUGAGGUGGAGCACAAGAAAGAACUGCUUACAAUUGCCGAAAUGAAGCGCCGCAACUUCUCAGAGACCAAAAUCCAGAGCAUUAUUGCUCGCAACACACCUGUGCCUGACCCCGAUGCGCCGGAGGAUGCAGAAUCUGUGCGCUUCUGGUGCACAGCCGGUGGCCAGUACUCAGAACGAGAGCGGACGCGAAUCACUGCCCAGGCAAGUGCAGCUGUAGCUACCACACGAGAAGGUCUGACCUCUCUCCAUAUGGCUGAUGCUCCUGUUUCUUGCUCUAUGGCUCCGGAUUCUGGUGCUGUUGCGAACCGCCCCACUCUCAAGGCGUUGGUCGACGUGGCAAAUCAAACUACUAGCCCUGAGAGUGCCCCUGUGGCCAAAGCUAAGGCAAAGGCAAAAGCAAAGGCAAAGGCAGCUUUGCAAGCCCCGAAAACGCCUGCUGAGAGACGUGUUCAAAUUCGCAACCAGCUCAAGAGCGAAAUGGCCAAGUGCUCGGUGGGAACCGAUCUCCCACAAGGGCAUGAUUUGCGAGUUCAGCUGGAUAAGUUGAAAGGAUCUUUGGAAAAGCUGUUGGAUGAGCUGAAAGAUCUGCCUGACGAUGACUUGGAUCAGUUCGCCGAUGAAUGCGCUGAUCAGGUGAAGACUGUUCGACUUCUGCGGGCCCAGGCAUCCGCAAUUGUCAAGGAGCUCCGAAAGGACGAGGACAAAGUUCCUUUAAGCGGAAAGCUCACCACCUUCUUUGUGAACGGCUUGAUGCAGCGCUUGCGCAUUCAAUUGGUGCUGGCCAUUGCACCGUCAAACAUUCGAGAUUUGUGGGUGAAGUCUACGUCUGGUAGAGAACACGGCCUCCAUGAACGUGCGGCACGUUUGGGUGCAUCUUUGCCAUGCCCUAUACAGUGGAUUACCAUCCCCAUGAAGGAAUCCCCGGACUCGGCGAAAACUUUGGUUUCUGAAGGUUACCUUUCUGCGCUGGUUGGUAACCUUGAUGAGCUGCCGCAAUACUGGCAGGGAAUGCUCCAGGACUUCCCGGACCAUGUUGUGAAAGAUUCGGAUGUCAACUUACGUGCAAGCAUUGGCUGCACACUCUAUGGAGCCAUGUCCCAAGAAACUGGGGUGAACCUCACAUUGGAAAGUGCGACCGCUGCCAUCACCCGCAGCUUCAAUGCCUUGUCCACGGAUGGCAUUGCAAUCCAUGACCUCAAGUCCGUGGGCGGUGGCAUGCGAUUUGCGAUGGCAACAGAGAGCUUGAUGGCCUUUGCACGUCAGCACCGCUACCCUUUGAGAUUUAAAAAGCUGACCCAAAGGAAAGUGGGUUGGAAAGCAAAUCGCUACCCGGAGCUGGCUUGCAGCACUGCGGUUGAAGCUGUAGAUGCUCCUGAGAAACUCUUUCUGAGAGGUGCUGGAAGGAAAGAUGCGGCCUGCAGUCCUUUGCAUCCUAGUACAGGUGAUGGAAUGAGAAAUGAGGCCAGCAAACCAAGCCAGACAAAUAUGGGUCUAGUGGCCACGCAUGACGUGUCCUCAAUGUCUGCACCUGUGACGGCCAUACAGCUCGGAUUCAAGCGACGGCAGCUGUUGAAUGCGCUCUUGUCGCCCCGAUGUUCGCUCACCUGCUCCAGCGCGGUACCGCUUAGAAGCUCACGACUUGCCUUGGUGAGUCUGAAGCUGGUAGCUGCGGGGGCUCUCGGCCUCGGUUCCGAAGGCAGAGUUGCUGCUGAAAGUUGGAAUGUGGCCAAUGACUUCGCAGAUGAACGGCUCGUGCUGAAUGCCUUGAAUGCGCAAAACAACGCCAUGCGGCCAUGCAGAUCUGGUUACGUGAAACGUCAAGCCACUGCUGGAGAUGAGUAUGCUCAGCCUCAUGCUUUCUCAAAGCUGGCGCCAGUUCGUCUGCCGUGCUUCGUGUGUCCCGUCGGAGGUUUGAGCGUGAAGCGUGAAGUUCAGGAGUGUGAAGAUUUCAUUCAGUCCUUGA